AUGGCGCGACUCCGCGGAAUUACGGUUCUCUCUCUUCUGCUGGCCGUUGCCCUUGUUCUCUCAACGUACGCUUUGAAAGCUUCUGCUAACCCGGCGGUUCAACCUGAAAAUCCGCAAGUUGCGGCCACUGGCAAGCAGCCGAAGCGAACUUCGGAUGGAAAAUAUCUAUGUGCUGAUGUGAUGAAGGGCAACGGGUUUUGCAAAGCCAGAAAGGCCAAGUGCACCGACGCGACGGUCAAGUCCUAUCAGAACGACUGCAAAGGAGUUACUAGUCCCGACGGAGUUACCAGUCCCGACGGAGUUACUAGUCCCGACGCUAAACGUACCGGUGGUACCUCCCUCGAGAGGUGGUAUUGGUUGUAG